AUGGCAGCGACGACACCGAAGCACACGGAGGGGUGGGCAGCCUACGAUGCCUCGGGUAGGAUAAGCCCCUUCAUCUUCAAGCGAAGGUAUGGGCAUAUCCCCCGUGAAGAGGGACCCUUCUCAUCCUCCUCUUGUUCUCGCCUCGUCUCUCCGGCUAACGAAUGCUCUAAACGGAACAGGGAGAAUGGGGAGAACGAUGUGACGAUUAAGAUCCUCUAUUGCGGCAUGUGCCACACCGACAUACAUUACGCCCGCAACGAAUGGGGAAUCACCAUGUACCCUGUCGUCCCCGGGUGCGUCUACUUCCUCGUCCCCUUAUCCUCCGCCCCCACCGCCGUCUGCUGGUCUUCCGUCAAGAUCCUUGUUUUGGAGGAGUCGCCACUGUACAUGCGGAACAGAUUGGCAUUUAUACUAAAUAGGAGCCACCAUGGUGGGGAGGAUCUGGGGGGGAACGUUCCAUCAGGUAGCUUAUUUAGGUCAAAGGUAGAAAUUAGAAUUGAAUCGGAUACAAUAUUUAGAGGGCAUUUAAAGAGGGCGCAGGAGGAUUUAAUGGCCCCCAUCAAUUACUUUCGCGAGAAAUAUACUAAUUGGGAUUCUUGUUCUUCCUGUUCUUCUUCUCCUCCUUCCCAGGCAUGAGAUCACGGGGCUGAUCACGAAGGUCGGGACCAACGUGAGCGGAUUCAAGAUCGGGGACCGGGUGGGCGUCGGCUGCCUCGCAGCCUCCUGCCUCGAGUGCGACUUCUGCAAGCAGUCGGAGGAGAACUACUGUGAGAAGGUGCAGUUCACCUACAACGGCAUCUUCUGGGAUGGCAGCAUCACCUACGGCGGCUACUCCUCUAUGCUGGUGGCCGACAAGAGGUAUUCCAUCCUCUAGAUUCUCAGACUGGCAAAGCACGGCUAUCCUUGCCGAUUCCAAUCUCUUGGUUCUGCUUCUUCCUCCCCGAAAGGUACGUCGUCCGCAUCCCGGACGCCCUGCCGCUGGACGCGGCGGCGCCGCUGCUCUGCGCGGGGGUGACGGUGUACAGCCCAAUGAAGCGCCACAACAUGCUCCAUCCGGGGACGAAGCUUGGGGUCGUCGGCCUGGGCGGCCUUGGGCACGUCGCGGUGAAGUUCGCGAAGGCGUUCGGCCUCCAUGUGACCGUCAUCAGCACCUCCAUUUCGAAAAGAGACGAGGCCACGCGCCGCCUCGGCGCCGACAACUUCCUGUUGAGCACCGACGCCGAGCAGAUGCAGGGAGCGGCCAGGACUCUCGACUUCGUCCUCGACACGGUCUCCGCCAAGCACUCGCUCGGACCCAUCCUCAACCUGCUCAAGGUGAACGGCACGCUGGUGCUCGUCGGCGCGCCGGAGGCGCCGGUGGACCUCCCUUCCUUCCCUCUCAUAUUCGGUAAGAACCUCUUUAAAUCUCCCUGGCUCGCUAAUCUCGGGUCGAAGCAGACAUCAUAAACGGUGACGGUCUCUCCGUCGAUUCAUGUCAGGGAAGCGAGUGGUGGCGGGAAGCCUGAUCGGGGGGAUGAGGGAGACACAGGAAAUGCUGGACCUAUGCGGCAAGCACAACAUCACCUGCGACAUCGAGCUCGUGAAGACGAGCAACAUCAACGAGGCCAUGAAUCGGCUCUCCAGGAACGACGUCCGCUACCGAUUCGUCAUCGACAUAGCCGGGCAGUCAAAGCUCUGA